AUUCAUUUGAUUGGAUCCUUCUUCUUUGCGUUCUUUGUUCUUCCUCGGCACUCAAAGAAUCGUCCACGUCUUUUUCCCCCCACGGCUCUCUCUUGCGUUUUCUCCUCUGAUCUCCACUCGAACACUUCCCCCGCCAUGGAAAUCGAUUCCCCUCUUCCCAACGGCAACUCUCUCGCCGCCGCCGUCCCACUCCCCCUCAAUCCUGCUUCAACCGUCGCCUCCCCCGCGCCGCCGUCCAACCUGGCGCAACUCGCCGAAUCGUUGAAGCUCGAGCACCAGUUUGCCCGCGUCCCUUUCGAGCACUACAAGAAGACGAUCCGCGCCAACCACCGCGCCGCCGAGAAGGAAAUCUCCUCCGUCGUAUCCGGCGUCAGUGAAGCCGCCGCUUCCGAUUUGUCCAAGGACGACGCAGUCCAGCACCUCACCUCCCUCGUCUCCAAAUUGCAGGGGCUCAAGAGAAAGCUGGAGGAGGGUGGUCGUACUGAGCACCUGCAAGAACAAAGAUGUCGAGCUCGUCUCGACCACUUGGAAUCAGCAGAUGCAGAGAACAUGGUAGAUUGGAGCAACACACGUCUCAAGCGAAUUCUGGUGGACUAUAUGUUGCGAAUGUGUUACAAUGACACUGCAACGAAGCUAGCUGAAACCAGCAACAUUCAGGAUCUGGUUGACAUUGAUGUAUUCCAAGAAGCGAAAAGGGUUGUUGAUGCUCUCCAUAAAAAAGAAGUGGCUCCUGCUUUAGCUUGGUGUGCUGAAAACAAGUCACGGUUGAGGAAGUCCAAGAGCAAAUUUGAGUUCCAGUUGAGACUUCAAGAGUUCAUAGAAUUGGUGCGAGCUGACAAUCACAUGGGUGCCAUUUCAUAUGCUCGGAAAUAUCUUUCUCCAUGGGGAGCUACCCAUAUGAAAGAAUUGCAGAGGGUUAUGGCCACUCUGGCUUUCAGGAGUGGUACUGUAUGUGCUGCAUAUAAGGUUCUUUUUGAACCGGAGCAAUGGGACUAUCUGGUGGACCAAUUUAAACAGGAAUUCAGCAAGUUAUAUGGCAUGACAGUUGAACCGUUGCUGAAUAUUUACCUACAGACUGGGCUAUCUGCCCUGAAGACCCCAUAUUGCUACGAUGAUGAAUGUCCAAAAGAGGAUCCGCUAUCGCAAGAGAGCUUCCGGAAGUUAGCACUGCCUUUACCCUACUCUAAGCAGCACCACUCGAAGCUCGUCUGCUACAUAACUAAACAGCUAAUGGACACUGAGAACCCACCUCAAGUACUGCCCAAUGGCUAUGUCUACAGCACUAAGGCACUUGAAGAGAUGGCCAAGAAGAACAAUGGUAAGGUGACCUGUCCAAGAACAGGGCUGGUCUGUAAUUACUCAGAUGUGGUGAAGGCGUACAUUUCAUAAACCCUAGAGCUCUGUAAAAUCCAUUCGACCUUGCUGAGAGCGCGCUUAACGUUGUUCCCAACAAAAUUCUGUGAAUAUUAGUGAUGGGUCAUAAAGCAUGCCAGAAAACCCACUUUUGUACUUCAUUGUGUAGCUCCUCUUGUUCCUUUGCCUUAGGAUUGGCUUUGAUUCUAUGGAUACAUGCACAUUGUACAUAUUCCAUGUCUUGCUUAAAGAACAGGAGAUGUUUAUGAGCUGUUACUGAGUGAACUUCAAGCAAACUUACCUAAACAAAGUUACGAAUCCCCUUCCAGUAGCCAUCGCAUUCGUGAACGUUGUUUCCAAUAGAGCUCCUUC